GUACUAGAAGCUAUGCUAUAUAAAAUAAGUUGCAGGAAAAACAAGUCUUAUUAUUUCGAGAACCAAUCCGGCAAGUCCUAAUUGUCAGGUCACCCGGUACGUUGCCCCUUCGGCAAUGUCCACUUUGCGAACGUCAAGAAACGCGAUCACCGAAGCAACAAGAAAUCACAUUCUGCCAUUCGUCGAUCGGGAGCGAUCGAGGUUCACGAGGACAAAUUCAGCAAUCCACCGAGAAGAAAAAUGCACCGAGGGAAUGUAUUAGAAACGACCACCUUAACUCUCAGUAUUACGAUCUAUCCAACUGCUGCUAACGCGUCACGUAUGCAUCGUGUCAUGAUGAUUUAUCGCGUCCCGUUCUUCCGGUGAAAGAAGACAAGUAUUUUCAUGAGUAUUUUCACUUUGUAGCAGAUGCAACAGAUUACCAAUAUUCGCUUACUCUUCCUGGCAUAAGAAAUUUGUUAUCGUUUUCAUUACGUACAAGAUUAAAAUGCAGAGAGUACCCAACAGUACAAACAAUUUAUUACAGACUCGGACAUAGCCGUGAAAGAUUAACGCAUUUAUGUUUUAUACGAGGUGUUUACGAUAAUAAACCACGGUAUAUUAUUUAUUCGUAGACGUUAAGUGUACAUUUAGCACAUUUAUAAUCGAGCAUGUACACGAUUUGUCUCGUGUAAAUCAAUUUGUUAACGAGUCUCAUGAUAUGAUUUAAAUUAUAUGUAUAUAUACUGCAAUUUUUAGCUUAUGCAAAUUCCCCUAGGUACGGAUUUCAACGCGUUUCUCGGUCCGUCGUGCGGUUAUUGCUUAUCGUUCGAUUUCAUCACUGCUCUCUAAUUGUUGCAGCGAAGUUUAAAAAGCAUUCACUUUGGCAAGAAGUUCCGAACAAAUUGAUAUUUCACGUAUUCAGGGGAGGAGAAGUUAGCACGAAUUUCUAUCGCUCGCCACGAUCGAAAUAUGAUUCACCUUUUCCAAUCGCCUCGUCCGGUGAGAACGUACAAUUUAGAAAAAGCGUGCCGCGCACUACGUUUUGUGUAACUUCGCUACCGAAGAAGAAAAAUUUAGAUACGGUGUAAGAGCCCAAAGUCUUUUUGCUUUUUAAGCAGGGAUGUCGAAGAUUGUAAUUCGUUUUCAUAAUUUAAAGAAACGUAACUACGAUCAAUUACGUCGCAUCAGUCAUUAAUCGUGAAUUCAUUGUACGAGGGAAAUAGAAUACUAACAAUGUAAAUAGUUUAACUUGCUAUACUGCUCGUAUUUUCUUAAUAAUCAUCAAUCUAACUUGUGUAACUUCUGUUGUGGUUACGCCUUAAAUUACAAUUCAGACGGUAAGAUUAAUAACCGGCGCAACAAUUUUUAAGUAAAUAGAUAUAAUCUGAACAGCAAACGUCUGGAUCGCUUUAAUUUCUCUGACUCAUAAUCUGUAGCGGUCGAGCGAGUUUAUCUGUAACAGAGUGGAUUGCUUAAUUCGUUGGCGCACGGAGCUUCCUCGAUGGUUCGGUUUCCCUGUGUACCGGUGACCGGCGUUGCUGAACCGCUAAUCACGAAGUUAGAUCGUUUUUCGUGAUUCGACUACAACACUAUGGAAAACUUGAGACGUAUUUCGGAUUUCUGUCCGCUCGGCGGAGCGUGAAUUUUUUCGAGCAGGCGUUUCUUUUCGCGCUAUUGUAUGGCUCUACAAGAAAAUUAAUUAACGAAUUACAAUCAAAUUUUUGUAAAUGGAAGGCUUUUGGAGACAAUUGGUAUCUUAUACGCCGAUUUAGUUUACAGACAAUUUUAGAAUUCUGGGGGACAUCGACUGAGUAAACGAAGUCUCUAAUAAAACGUAACUGCAUAAACGAUCGUGUUACGCUAGUCUGGCUCAUUAGCAAGUAAUUGAGCUCGAUCCACUCGAUCUGCACUAGUGGAAUAUUCAUUUUCGAUGUCGUGUUGCUCAUAGAAUAGCCUUUGUAAACCAGAAAAAGCUGUUACUUAAUUCCUCUUUGAAAUAGAUCAGGAAACGAAGCAUAACGAUACCUUCAAUCAUUCAGAGAAUUUAUCAUGGGAAUUGAUACAUUUAUCUAAGUCCUAGAUCCAAUACAAAUUCUCAAUAUUUCCUAAUGAUAUUCAGGUUUAGUAGGAACAGAGAAAAUGGCGAGAUGUACGUCGGAGAAAUUUUUCGAAAAAUAAGAAAGAGAAGAGAUAUACAUAAAAUAAUCAUUGUUCCUGCAAAGUUUUCAAGCUUGAUAUUGUACGCUCAUGGAACCAUAAACCACAGCGUCCAAAUGCUUCAUCUUUAGUCAAAAUGAAAUCGGAAUAGUCGCCAAAGAAUAACGGGAAUCGUUAAACUUUCCAGAUUCUGUAAGCGCUUCUGCGAGCGCGCUAACGUCCGUGCAGGGUUGUCUUUAGUCUCUGCAGCGGCACACGUUCAGAAACAACGAAUGUAAUACGCAGAAAUUGCGUAAAAGUUCGAGUGGCGACUGGUAGACGGACGGCCGUUCCCGCGUGAUUGCCAAUCGAUCGAAAAAAAAUAUUUUCCAGGGACGAUUAGCGUACGGAAACUUAGACAGAUUCACACAGAAACUCGUAUCCCAACACGAAACAUACUCAACGAAGUAUACCCUUGUUAGCCGGUGAUUUUAUUCUUCGAAUACUUUGUUGCACUUUAUACCUGAGUAGAUGUUGCAUUUCAUGUUUAACUAGGUUGUUUCUGGCCAGGCUUUGAUUCGUUUAUCUUAAAUUAACACAGUUUAUAUUCAAUGAGCUAGUCUGCUGACAAUAAAUAAAGCCUGAGAAUCGCGUGUUAUUCCCGAGUAACGCACGCCUUGUUGCGAGCAAAACGUUGAGAAACUUCAUUAUCAAUGUACUCGAGACGUAAUAAUUGCUGUUACGAGCAAUGCGUUCCAGCUGGCUUUUUGUUUAAAAUUCUUUUUUCUCUGUAACAAACAAGAUCAUUCACUUUAGUAGCUUAAACUAUUCCUUUUUCUUCUUCUUAAAUGUUCAUCGUUAUCGUAAGAAACGUUUAGUCGAGUUGGAAUUCUAUCGGGAAUCUUCAGUGAUCAACACACGGGUCAAAACGUUUUCCAGCUUGGCGAAAGAUUGACCAACUGUCCGGCGCACUCCCAUGUAAAGGGCGGCCAGUUUUCUCGAUAAGGAAAUCGAGCAGGCCAAAGGUAUUGAGAAAAGUCGCUUUAGAGAAACCAUGCCAAGGUGGAAACUUCGCGAAACGUUGCAACCUUCGUGUCUGAAGAUCACAUAGGAGAAUGUUCGCGAGUUUUAAGGUUGACAUCUUCGGUAAAAUAGAUGUGGCUUAGCUUUCUGUCCAUCGUCUCGAAAAUACAUCAGAUCGACAGAAUGACAAGUAUCGCGAGUAUAUUAUGCUAAUAUAACAUAGAAGAUAAGUAAGAAAUUUUAAGUUACGAAAGAAAUGGAGGAGGGUCUUUUUACUUCGAGAAAGACGAAGGAUUCAGCAUAAAAUGUUAAUGGAUCAUUUUUUCUUAGAAUAGAUACAAUUUAAACAAUAUAAACGCACAACCAAGAACUAGAUGCAUUUACGACUUUGCUUGGACUCCAGUGGCUUGUUACGUUACAGAAAGUUGGCGUUUACACCGCUUACGAAAUUGGCGAGUCGUAAAAUCCAACCUAUUAGCGACGCGAGGAAUAAUUGAGAUAAAUAGGGUGGGAGAGAUGAAAAUUGAAAGAGAAUUUUACUUUGUCUCGUUCCCUAUAUUAUUUCCAGUUACAAUUGCAUAAUAUUCUGCGGAUCAAAAACGUAUAGAAGGAAUUUCGCUUUACCGUAAUAGUAGAUGGAUUUAGCAAUAGCAACGAUUCUUUUCUUUCCACGAUUUUAUAUUAAUAUACGAUCGUAACGCUCGAUGCCUGCGAUCAAGAAUAGAUUCAAAUUUUAAAAUGCUUUGGACUUUUACUAUUUUAUGUAUCGUACAAAGUUGCGUCAUCGCGCCUUACAUUGUUUGUAUGCGCCAAUACAGGCACCACAGAAUUAUGAUCAAUGACUAAUUGUUGCUUACUCAAUUUUACAACACUGAGCACUUCGAUUUUCUUUUUCGUGGCCGAAUUUAAUUCAGCGUGGCGUGUUAGAAAAACACGUGACAGGAUUUAACUUUGCGUUGGUAUAAUGUCUGCUAUAAACUAAGAACGAUAGAACGACUGUGCACCUUCUCGUUUUUCUGAUUUAUCUUAAAUCUUUUCCAUUGCUGACGUACAUAUAAUGAUUUUCUACUUGACCCGACUGAGUUUUUCGUGAAAACAACGUAAUGCUGAGCAGUAGAACUAUGAAGCCAUUGUUGCUUUCUUGCGACAACUAUCACAUUGUUAGGUACCGAUAAUAAAUUCAUAUCGUUGGAAGGUAUCGAAGCACGUCGAAGAGGAGAAUGAAUGUGCGAGGAAGAGGUAAAAUUUUAGCGGAAAAUUUCAUAAAGUACUCGACGAAGUCUCGUUGUAAUUCGUGUUACGUCAAUUUAGCCGGAAGUCGUGCUUAAUUUUUCGUUGUGCAAUUCUGUCUGUCGCCAUCGCUGUUUCGAGAUGAUUGACAUGACAUUGUAAUAUGUACACACAUGAUAUGGCGAAACUCUAUCAAGAUUUAAAAGAUGACAAUAUAAAUUAUUACGUUUCUUUUUCUAUAAAUAUUCCCUUCAAAGUACGUGGAUAAGCAACGCAGGAUGACUAAUUAAUAAAUUGAAGAAAUGAUAAUUGAUAAUCGUAGAAGGGCAGCUAUACGAAAUCACGAUGAGUGUUUCGCAUGAUCUAAGAUCUCGUUUUUUUCUCUCCAUCGACGAAUGUACGUCGUUCUACAGCGAAUCAGGUCAGUCUUACGCGGACAUUUCGAUUUUUUCCGAAAGCUUUCUCUAGUAAGGACACGGAAUUAAAAUCUUCUAGGGUGUCAUCGCAGUUGACGGAAGUGGAACGUAUCUGCGUUCAGUGGAGCACCGAAUAAGGGGUCUGAAAGGGUCGAUCGCUAUUGGUGAAAGGGGUCUGUAUGCAAUGCAAUCGUUGUACCCCCGCCUCAUCUUAGUUCCCUGGGCCUGGGCAGGGCACCGCUAUAAAAGCAUACCGCGUCGCCCCUCAGAUACAUAGUGUUUCCCGUGUACUGCACAAGAAAAAUCGCCUACAAUGAAGUUCGUUAUUGUUCUCUUCGCCGUUAUGGCCGUCGCCAGUGCCUACCCUGGAUACAUUCAUGCACCGGUGUCACAACCAUGGCCAGCACCUGAAGCUUGGCCAGCACCUGCACCAUGGGCAGCACCUUCGUACGUUAAGGUCGCUCAACCUUCGUAUGUUAAGGUUGCUGCAGCACCGUUAGUCAAGGUAUCUGCGCCUCAGGUUCAUGCUCCGGAAGUGCACCAAGUGCUCCAGAUCCCGCAACAAGCGUCGAUUCCGGCCCCCCACCCCCAACCCCUCAACAUUAAAAUCCCACAUGUUCAGACUGUGAAGAUCCCAUACCACGGACCUAAGAUCGUGCAGCCACAUCUCAUCGGCGUUGAAUCGUACGUGGAACCCCAAAUCAAAGUCGUCAAGGCUCCCGUCUCCCAUCACCCCUGGGAUUAAAUUUCUGCAUGGCACCAACUGAACUCGCUGGUCCAGGGUGAUCCAUCCUGGAUGAGCCGUCCUGAGGUGCAUCUGGAGUAGCGACGCUUUACAAACAACGAUAACCAUGGCCAACAUCGAAAUUGUCCUGGUGGGAAAGAAGCUUGAGACGAUAUACAUUUGAAGCAUCCACGUCGAUGGUAGUCACAGCAACGCACGAGUUCUUCAUCCUAGGGGAACUAGCUCUCCAAGAUCGAUCGAACUAUAUUCAUUCGGGACAAGGGGAGUCAGAAAACUAAUCAGUAUUAUCCAGCGAUUAAUCACGGACGAAGAACAUCGAGCUUGCAGAUCGUUCGAAGAUCACGAAAAUCGACGCCCUCAGGAUCGGCGAGCGUUUUGGACCACCCGAAGACCUCAGACCAGGCACCCAAUCUUAAAAAAAGUUUACUUAUUUUUUAUCCUCAUAGAGCAACCACACGAUACACGAUUACACGAGCGCAGCGACUUUAUUACAGACUCACUUCCUGUAUCUGCCCUUUCCUUGUUUAACUCAACCUUUUGUUUCUGGACGCGUCGAAAUUCUUGUGCGGCAUGUGAUAUUGAAGAAGACAUCACGACAUCGGAGCCUUCAUUGUAUAUUUUCUUCUCUUCUUUCCACCUACCACCCAUCCCUUCCCCUACCAUACUUUUGCAACAACACUUUUAUUUAUUUUCUAAUAAAAGUUAAUUUUUAUGUCUUGUGAUAAAAAA